AAACCACAGGCACACUAGCAUUAUAAGUCAGUGUGAAAGUCUUUUGUUUUUUGUAGUUUUUACAAAAACUGUAUUUGAGACCUUGACAAAGUUAGACAUGGAAAAAGCUCAAGAACUGCAGCUUCAAAUAACGAAUCAUGAAAAGAAAGAGGCAAAUUCAGUUGCGCAUACAAAUGCCAACAUGAUCACCAACCAAUUCCCAACAGAGCUCGAACAAAGAAAUUACAAGCGGUGGCUUAGAACGGCCCUAUAUGCAGUCUUUGUAUUGGCUGGCCAAGCAACAGCAACGCUCUUGGGAAGACUAUACUACGACAAGGGAGGCAAAAGCAAAUGGAUAGGCACAUUAGUUCAGUUAGUAGGCUUCCCAGUUCUCAUCCCAUACUAUCUCAUCUGCAUUUUAUCCAAAAAUCCCACUUCGAAUGGCAACCAUUUCCAUCCUAAAAAACCUUCGCUCAUAGUCCUAUCUUCUGCUUAUGUCGGCCUUGGCCUUCUCAUAGCUGGAGUGUGCUUCUUGUCCUCAGUGGGGCUCUUGUACCUUCCAUUGUCUACUUUCAGUCUCAUUUUUGCAUCCCAAUUGGGCUUUACUUCCAUCUUUUCUUUCUUUCUCAACUCACAAAAGUUCACUCCCUUUAUUUUUAAUUCAGUGGCCCUUCUCACGGUCGCCUCUGUGCUCUUGAUUGUCCAAUCCAAUGGCAGCGGGGCCUUACCGGGAGUCUCUAGAGGAAAGUAUGCAAUUGCAUUCAUAUGCACUGUUGGUGCUUCAGCUGGGACUGGACUUUCCUUUGCCUCGACACAAUUUGUAUUUCGAAAGGUUAUAAAAGUGAGGAAAGUCGAAGCUCUCAUUGAGAUUAUAAUAUUCCAGUGUUUAGUGGCUAGUUGUGUUACUAUGGUUGGACUUUUUGCUUGUGGGGAGUGGAAGGGAUUAAGGACAGAGAUAGAAGAGUUUGAGUUAGGAAAAGUGUCCUAUGUCAUGACUCUAGUCUGGACAGCCAUUUGUUGGCAGGUUUUCGCAAUUGGGUCUGUGGGCUUGAUCUUUGAGUUGUCUUCCCUCUUCAGCAAUGUGAUAAGUGCUUUGUGUUUGCCUCUUGUUCAAGUCUUGGCUGUGCUCGCUUUCAACGACAAAAUGGAUGGACUAAAGGGGAUCUCUCUGUUUUUGGCUAUUUGGGGCUUUGCUUCAUAUAUAUAUCAGCACUAUCUUGAUGAUUAUUGCAAGUCCAAUACUGAUGAUCCAACGGCCUAAUGAGGAGUAGUACUUUCCGAAAGCUCUCUCUUUGGAAGAGAUUAAUAAAUGAUAUUAAGAUGGGCUCUCGUAUGAAUUAUUAUUGAGAUGAGCGUGAGAAGAUUGUGAGUACUAAAAUUUGGGAUGUGUAUUUGUUAGGAGGGACUCACUUGUUUUUUUCCCUUCUUUUUCCUUAUAUAAA